GAUAAAAAGAUCUAUAAAAUUACUAAAACAAAUAAAUAUUGAUAGUUGGUUUAGCCUAGACAAAUAUAAAAAGUUAACAAUGACAUUACCUGGUAUUGGAGUAUUUGGUACAGGAAGUAUCGUUAGAAUAAUUAUUCCUUUCCUAAGAGAAAAGGGUUUUAGAAUUGAAGCUAUAUGGGGACGCACAUUAGCAGAAGUAUCAGAAGUUGCCAGUGAUCUUGAAAUACCAUUUCAUACCAGUCGAAUAGACGAUGUACUUCUUAGAAAAGAUGUUGACUUAAUAUUUAUUAUGUGCUCUCCCAGCUUACAUGCACAGAUUGCAGUGAAAGCUCUAGGAAUAGGAAAGCAUGUUGUAUGUGAUAAACCAGCUGGUUUAAGUCAAAGUGAAGCUCUAAAAAUGGUACGAGCUGCACAAUAUUAUCCUUCUCUGAUAAGCAUUGUCAAUCACAGCUUACGAUUUUUACCAGCAUUUGUUCAUAUGAAAAAAGCUUUAGAAGAUGGAUAUUUGUGUGGUCCUGCAAGUGUUGUAGAAGUUAGAGUACAUAUGGGUAGUUUAUUACACAAUGGAUAUGAUUGGCUAUGUGAUGAUAUAAUGGGAGGAGGAAUUUUAGCAUUGGUAGGAAGUCAUGUAAUAGAUUUAAUUUUUCAUUUAAUUGGUCAACGUGCUUCAAGAGUACAUGCUGUAGUUCGUACUUUUACUCAAACUACAAAACACAUAAAUGGAAUAAGGCGUGUCACAUCUCCAGAUUUUUGCAGUUUUCAAAUGGAAUUGAAUGGUGGUACAUUAGUAACAGUGACUUUAAGCAAUCAUUUACAAGGUCAACUUUCUCAAGAAGUAUUAAUAUGUGGGGGUGGAAAUCAUCUUCUUGCACGAGGUGGAGAUCUGUAUGGUUGUUGUAAUGGGCAAGAACAAGUAUUAUAUCGUGAUACAGAAGAUUUACAAGAUAUAUCACUUCCUGUUGCUGAUUCCAUUCCAAGGCCAUAUAUCAAAGGACUGAGGAAAAUGAUCACUGCAUUAAGAGAAGCUUUUCAAUCUGUUGAAGAUAAGAAAGGUUGGAUAAAAGAACCAGUAUUUUCUGCAUCAUCUUUUGAAGAUGGUUUAUAUGUGCAAGCAGUUAUUGAUGCACUACGACAAAGUAAUAAACGGCGAGAGUGGGUAAAAGUUAAUAUAUUAACUGAAGAACCAGAUCCAAAUCCUUUGUUGAGUGCAGCUGUUAGAGCUACAGCUAUUUCAAUAUAAAUGAUAUUUGAGACUGCUUCUAAGCAAAACGAAAAAUUUUGUUCUUUAUUACUGUAUUAAUACAGAAAAAUUACGAACAAAGGUUAUUGUAUUAUAACUUUAUUCUUAGUGUUCAUAUGGCAGCUCUGAAUAAAAAUUAAAAGUAAAAUUUAGGCUUUAAGUUUUUGGUAUUGUAAAAAGCAUUCAACUAGGUAUUGUUUAGUCGUGUACAGUAAAUACUAAGGUUUAUUAUAAAGUAAUUUAAUUUACAGAUAAUGUUUGU